AUGGGUACCGAGAGUCCGAAAUCCCAUCGCAGUAGUAUUCCCAUCGCUGUUAUUCAGUACGGAAACUAUUCAUUUUUUUUUUUCAUGAAGGAGAAAAGAGAUUUGUGAUUUUUUCAGAGGCAACUCGGAAAGAGGCAGCGAGUCACCUCGAUCUCUGCGGGAUUACCACCGCGGAGGUAUUGUUGCAAAGUUCAACCAAAAAACUCUUUCUGAAAGUCGAUUAUUUUUAGGAACUGGAACGCUUACUGGCGGCGGCGUCGAUAAAAUUUUCGUCUCGACCAAACCGGUAAGAACUUUUUCUUCUCACUCUAUUGAUCACUCUUUGGACGUUUUUCUCUUAACACAAAACAGUGAACCUUCGUUCUCACGGAAAUAGUCCUUCAAAUUUUAGAUUUUUCGGAAAAAAAUAGUAAUUAUCCCCUUUUUCAAGACUAUUGAUUCAAGAAAAAGCGUUCAUCGUUGGUUCAGCAACUUAUUGGUGUAGGAGUUAGCGCCUGUUUGCUCUCUCUUUGCUCCCACUUGUUCGAAAAGAUGAAGCAAAAAAAAAAAGAGACUCCAGGUCUACUCUCGUUCCUUCACUCUAUCGUGCCACCGUUCGCUGGGCUGUUUUAAUUAUCAUACUUUUGUUUAUACAGAUAUUUAUUUCUCCAAGAUAUUUUAACACUGAACUUCAGAAAAGGUUGCAAUAAAAAAAUAAAAACCAUAUAAAUUCAAUCGAUGAAGAUUUUUUUGUUGCUAUCAUGGUUCCAAGAUAAACUUUUUUUAAUUCUAAAAAAAUUUUUUUGAUACUUCAUUCCAAACGCGUUUGUUCAACCUUCGUUACAAAAAGUCAAUAAUUCUGCAUGAUAAGCCAGUUCAAUUCACUAACAUGAUUACGUCGAGAACUCGAUAUUUUGCCGUUUCUACGUCCAAACCGCUAGGUUCUCAAGUUUCGUCCCUUCACUUUUCGUUUGAAACCUUACAUCCGGCCUUUUUUCUCAUCUUUGAUAUUCACUGUACAGGGACCUUUGAUCGACGUCAGGUCGGAUAAUCAUGGGCCACACGGUGAGUUCCAGAGAUCAUAAUGAUUUCCGUAGCGACUAUGAACAUCAGAAAACUGAAUACACGUUGGCCUCCUUUCAGAGUAUGAAGAACUUCAAGCGGAAGCUAGACGCUCGUCUUGGCAUCGUUCUGCUUCUUUGUCUGGUCACCAUCGCUGUCAUACUCGGUUUUCCUCUUCCUCUGAAGGUUUUAUUUUGGAGCACAACUUUUCAGGCAUUUACGGGGUGAUGCACGAGUCCGUCCACGACGAACUGACAACCUACGUCAAUCGAACCCAUCAAAUUGCCAAGGUUUCCUUUGAAUUACCAUUGUUCACCUAAAUAUUGGUUUUCUUCUAGCAGAAGUCAUUGAUAUUUGACUAGAAAAGAAGGCUUCAAGAUUUUCCGUUCAACUUUUUUUGCAUGAGAAUUAGUGUGGAAUGUAUUCGUUUUCAUAUUCUUACGAACGCUUCUCAUUUUAUUCAAAAAAACAUGUUUUCCUAGUUAUCCUUCUGACUUUCAUUGUGUGCUACAGGAGUUGAAAAAUGCAAUGGAUGAGAACUACCCAAAAGAAAACCAAACAAACAUCGACAAGCUGGGAAGACGUUGGAUGACAGUGGAAGAACUGGAAGACGACGCCGAGCUCAUUGAAUCGGUAGGAGAGUUGAGGCUUCCGACGGAACUCGGCCUUUCAGACUCACUCGACGCUUUGGUGUCUGUUCUGGUGGAAUAUCCUGCUUUCCGUUUUGCUGUCACCGGUCGUCAUCGUCGUCCACUGCGGCUGGGUCGAGGGCAACGGUGCCAAAAUCGCUUACCGCGUCAGUUUUGUCUUUGGAUUUUCCUUGACUUCAGCUCCUCUCAGGUGGUCAUCGUCAUCGGUCUUCUUUUCUGCGUUGCCCAAUUCCUCUACCUCAUUCAUCCAAUUUUCUGGGGGGCCGCUAAAUUUCCAUCUGUUUGUUUCUUUUUUCGAAUUGUUUAAUUUAACUUUUUUCACCUUAAAGAAGCAAUAAUUCAAAAAAAAAAAAAUUAUAUUUUUAUUGACUAAAAAGUAUACACAUGCAGAUGCUGGACCGACUUUUCAUGGAGGCUUACCCAAAAGACGAAUAUCAACUGGCAGACAUCCAAUCGAGAUUCGCCUGCGAAUUCCAUCCUCAUGAGACAUUGGUGAAGCUCGAUCUUCAGGUGAUUUUUCCAUCUCGUUGUUUCUUUUGACCUAAACUUCUUACCGAAAUAAUCAUUCCUUUUUUGAUCGACUCAGAAAAGCUUAAUCUCUGCAGCAGCCGUGCCUUCCGAAGAUGAAGAACUCGUUGCUGCCGACGUACUCGGCCGUUCUGCUCAUAUUCAUCGACCUUUUCCCUUUCCUGUAUGCCAUCUUCACCUACGUCUGGUCCGCCUACCUGAAAAACAGCAAAGUGUUCAAGACCGCCCGAAGCCGCGUCGAGCUCAACAAUGCCCGGAGGUUGUUGCCCAAACCCAAGUCAUCAACAAGAUCAAUCUUUUCCAGAGUCCCUUUCCCUACCCACAACGUUUAUUCGCCGCCUGAACGCGAUGCAAAGUUGGUCGACUUGUAAAAUAUCCCGAAAAGUCAUCUGAGUGCUCAAAAAUCAUUUUUUUUUUUUUGCCAUUUUUUGCUCAAUUUAGCAAAAUAACUAGAUUUCAUUUUAAAUAAAUCAUUUUCAAUGGGUUCAAUUUGCAAUGAAUGUAGCGAUAAUAGUCACUUCACCAGUUAAACUCUUUCUUUUAACUUUUCUCACUUCCCAGUCUGAAAUCCCACUAAUAAACUGUAAUGAACUCGAACUAACUGCCUGCGAGAUUUCAGGCCGGCAAUCAUCGACGUCGCUGCGAUGUGA